AUGAGGUUAAAACAAUGUUUCGCUCUAAUAGCGAUAACCUUGAUAUAUUACACACAAACCACCGAAGCCACACUAAAUCCCCCCAAGAGUAUAAACAUAUCCAAACCCGCCGUUUUUCAAAUACCCACUGCCAUAGAUGAAGAUGAUUUACUAUAUGAAAUUGCACUUUUUAUGAAGGACAACAUGAAUUUAUCAGUGGAACCUUGUGAAGAUUUCUAUCAAUUUGCCUGUGGUAAUUGGACGCAUAGCCCAAGGGUAACCCAACGUGGUCACAAUGAUACCCUAUUACAUGCCAUACAAUUGGAACUUAAUGAUUUAAUGGUAGAAUUUUUAAAGAAUUCUUCCGGAACACAAAACCACACAGGAGAAGCCAAGGCCAAACAGUUUUAUAGCUCGUGUAUUUUGGGAGGCAAAGAUUUUAAUUUGGGUGUGAAAACUUUAUUGGAUAGUGAAAAGGAUAUAUUCGAAAAACUUAAAUUAACGGGAGAAAACGACUGGUUGCUAAUAAAUUUAAUGUCUCCCUAUGGUGUAUAUGCUCUGCUGCCUUUACAUGUAAACUACAGCACCACUAGUAGACAAUUUGAAAUUUCCCUUAGUUUACCCAUACCGCUGUUGCAACAUUUCCAUAAUUCUUCUAACUUUAAUGAGUUAAUGCAAAUACAAGGUUUAGCUAAUGAAGAAUUCGAAUUAAUGUUGGAAUUUGAGCGCAAUUUAACCGCUAAAGUUCAAGAACGAGAUACUGUGGAGAGAGUAACCAUUAAGAAAUUUUUAAGUAUACACGAGCAAGAUGUUAUCAAUUGGAAAUUAUUCUUCAAAACAGCCUUUCCUCACUAUUUGGCAGAUGACUGGUAUGUGAGUAAUAAAGUAGCCAACUUUACACAAUUAGAACGUUUUUUGCGCAAAUCAUCUACGGAAAAUUUGCGUAAUUAUAUUAAGUGGCGCACGAUUCUAAAAUUCUACAAUAUUUGGAAAGACCAGCUAACGGGAGAUGAGCAAAGAGAGCAAGUCUGUCGCCAACAUACCGAGUCGUACUUUACUUACGCUCUUAUGCCUUGGUUUAUAGAAUACCUCUAUGAUGUGGAAAGAAGAGAAGAUUCAUUGAAAAUAGCCGAUGCCAUACAAAAUCAGUUCUUUGAAAUGAUUGCCAAUUAUACUUGGUUGGAUGAGGAAACCAAAUCGAAAAUCAGCACCAAACUAAGAGCCAUGGAUAUAUCGGUGGGUUAUAAAGAUGAAAUGCGUCAUAGAACUUUAUCGGAUCAGAUUUAUAGUGAUGUGGAUAUAACCACGGAUUGGUUUAAAAAUCUACAAAAUUUGGAAGCCUAUAGAGCCAGUAUACGACUCAACUCGGUACACAAGACUAUAGUACCGCCCAUGCUGUCACCAUUUAAUGUUAAUGCCUACUACGUGGACUAUAUUAAUACAGCUUUUAUAACCAUGGGCAUAUCACAAAUGCCUCUCUAUCAUGUGAAAUUCCCGGAUUCCCUUAAAUUUGGUGGCAUUGGCAUGUUAAUUGGUCAUGAAAUGGCUCAUGGUUUCGAUUCCAAUGGCUAUCUCAUCAACUUCGAUGGUAAAAGACAUCAAUGGUUGUCUCCUACCUCACUGCGUAACUUCAAGGAACGUUAUAGUUGUUUGGAGAAUCAAUACAAUAAAUUUAUCUAUCAUGGUAUACAAACUAAUGGUUCUGCUACUAUGCCUGAUAAUAUUGCCGAUAAUGCGGGUUUACGUUUCGCCUAUCAUGCCUACAGAAAGCAUGCGACUGUGAAGGAGUUUGCAGAAAAACCUUUGCCUGGUUUAAAUUUCACCAACAAUGAACUAUUUUUUAUUAAAUUUGCUCAAACUUGGUGCACGGGUCGAGAUGAUUCAUAUAAAAUGCGUCAUAUUAAAAUCGAUCAUCAUGCCUAUGGUGAGUUUCGGGUAUUGGGGCCUUUGCGCAAUAUGCCCGAAUUUGCUAAGACUUUUAAGUGUAAGUUGGGCAGUCAAAUGAAUCCUUUAAAAAAAUGUGUAGUCUGGUAA